AACGAAGGUGUUGGCUGGAACAUCCGCAUAUUUUCGGAGAUCCUUGAUCCUAGGCGACGCAUUCCUCCGAGACAUCAUUUGGUGCAGGUUCAGCGGUAGCGAUGAUCGGAGCUAAUCUGAGGUUCGGCAUUGGCGCUUCCGGAAAUGUCACGUCCAACGCCACCAAGGUAUUCCAGUGUCAUCCCGGUGGUGUGACCGAGGCGACCAUCAUAUUUAGCCUCGGUGCAAUGGGGAUGGGAGCAAAUCUCAUCCUCAUGGCGCUUAUAUUGGCGAAACGACAGCUGCGCAGGUGGUCUCAGGGACUAUUAUUCCAUCAAGCCAUGGUGGACUGCGCGAGGGCCGCUAUAUUGCUACCCCUGGGAUCUAGUAUAUUGAAUUGUCAGCCCGUUAACAAGUGCUCUCUAGUCGAGACUGCCUUUCUGCUACUCGUGACCGUUUCCACCGUAAAUAUGCUAACGACUGUACUCAACGACAGCCCGGUAUUCCCGGAGAGCGACGAGGAGGCAGAUCUGACCGCUCCCCUGCUGAUGGACUCGCCCCAGUGUGUGCUCUUUGGCACCUUCAUGAUCUGGUUCGCCAGCAUAACGAUAAAUCUGGGACCUACGUUUCUCAGUGGAGCUUUAGCAGCAAAUACAGAGAGCGGCCACAAUGCACCCAGCUGCCCGUUGGUGCAUGGCCCUUUUCGCCACUACAUACUCAAUGUCCUUUGGAUCGUUAUCAACAUCAUUUGCGUGGCACUCACGCUCUUCCACUUGAGAAAAUUGCACAGGGAUUUGACAAAAGCUAAUGUCGAGGCGGUACGAGUAGCCGGUCUCGUUACGACACUCGUUAACGUGACAGGAGGACGUCAGGGUGCAACAAAUGCGCUCGCAACCGAAGACAGUACAGUUGACACGAGGAACGGUACGACGCCAAAAAGGACCGGCGCCAUCGAGGAGCAUCGAAAAAUGAGGAAUUAUCUCAGGAGAAUGGAACGCGAGGGCGUACAAAGGGUGAAAAUGUUCCUGGUCAUAACAACGGCGUAUGUCAUAUUCUGGGGACCAUUGUUUUUCGUUACUCUGGUGCACCAUCCCAUCAUAGGCAAUCCUACUGGCUAUGAGAUAACCUUGCACAUCGCAUAUGUGCACGCCUUCGUAAACCCGGCUCUGUUCCUCGCUCUGCAUCGAGGGCUACGACAAGGGAUGUCGGACGUGUGUUGCGGCUGCUGCGAGAGCAUAGCCCGAUGGAUUCUCGGAUCCGCUGCUACCAGCCCGAUACAGAGCGUUCAUCCGCCCCGAUACGAACCGCCGAUGAAUCUCCCUUCGCCACCGGACCCACCCCUGGCGGCGCAGGCCGUACCGGGGUGUAAUCUUACCGACGUGGCGCUCCUGAAACCACCCUUGCCACCGACUGCCAAGCACUUGCUUGUGGAUGAUCCUAUCACGGUGCCACCUGAUCCUUGGAGUCUGACCUCAAGACCGAAGAGCACUUCCAGUCUCUUUGAAGAAGAACUAUCCAGGAGACCAAGCCUCUUAUUACCACCACCCACGGAAUUAAAUGAUCUCCAAAUGAGCCCGACCAGUAGCGACUUGCCCAGCGAAUAAACGAGAGGAUCAAUUAAAAAAAAAAUUAAUAGAGAAACGCAAAAAGAAUCACGACAUUAAUCGAUGACAAUGUAAAAAUAAUCGUAAAAAUGAGGAGAAAAAUGGAUUUUUCGAAAAAAAAACCCUUCGUACAAAAUCCUUUCCUAAAACACUGUAUUCCUAUCAGACGUUUGUCAACGAAGCAAAAAUCAAAGGAAUUAUUUAUUAUAAAUACUAUGUCAGCUAACAACAUUUUUAAUGACAAUUAACAUUUUAUCAGCAAAAAUAUCACGACUAUUUGCA